UAAUCACUAAGAGUCGAUCCAGAAUUUAAUUCCAAAUCUCGAACCAUGGUAAUCCAAAGUAUCGACGCUCUUAAUGAUGCUCUUAUGUUUUCUCUAUCAUCCAUCAUCAUCCUAGAUAAUUAUGAUCCAGAUUAAGAGAUUUCUAAUAAUUAUAAUUUUUAAAUCCUUUUCUUUGGUUAGACCAAUAAAAAAGUUCUUCUAUUAAUUAACAUCGUAAAUGGGUUGACCCAAGUUACUUUUCUUCCUAUUUUCAUGGAGUAUUUAAAAUGAGCAACCACCGAGUCUAAGAAUCAAUUGACCUCCGACUCUUGACUCUUGACACUUCUGUUUCUUUCUCUUUCUCUUUUUUCUCUUCUACUCUUUUUUUGUUUUGUUAUUUGUUAUUCUUUCUCAUCAACAAUGAAGUUCAUUAUUCUUUUUGUUCUUUUCUGCGUAUUAAUCGACACAAUCACCUGUUCUCAUGGAGAAAAAGUCAAAUUAACUAUCAAGGAAUCUGGAAUUUCUGACAAGAAAAAGGCCGAAAUCGCUGGUUUCGUUUCUGGUGCAACCGCUGGAGUGGCCAAAGGUAUUCUCAAGAAAAAAGUGACCACUUCCAAACAGAUCUUUGUUCCUGUCAAAGCGGCCGAACCCAAGUACAAGGUCAAGUACAUCUCAGUGGUUAAACCAGUUCUUGUUCGUGAAUAUCCUCAACCCGAUCGAACCCAAUAUUAUGUCAAGACCGAAACCAAAGUGGUUAAAAAGCCCAAGAAAUCAAUUUUCCCUUUCCUUAAGGGAUUCGUCAAAGGAAAAUUCAUUGGAAAAUCAGUUUCCAAAACUUUUGGUUAAAUUCAUUCUCAAUUUUGAUGAACAUUAUAAUCGCGACACUUUUACUCGAAAUUACAAGAAAUGGACUUCAUGGACAUUACAAGUUCUCUCAUGUGUGAAAGAAUCAUCCAUGUUCUCAAUUCGAGUUUUUUUCCAUUAUCUCUUUCAUGAUAAGUUUUUCUUUGAAAUUUUUUUUCCAAAAAAAAACAAAAAUUCUCUGUAUACUAGC